UUUACUUCCGGGUAAUGACAGGAACGAUUAUUCUAGUAAAUAAGAAAAUAUUAAGUAAUUGAAAGGUUCAUAGUUGAUAAUGUUACCACCCUUGCUGCCUGUUGGAAGAGUCUGAUGUGAUUCCGGCAUGGCCAAUGGAUUUGAUCCUCAUAUGUCUUGGAGAAGUUUACCCUACUUCCAUGACCACUUCAGAACUACAGAGGAGGUGGCCAAGUUUAUAAAGAAGAGAGCCAAAAACAAGCCUUAUCAUUUCCUACUCCGACCAAGUAACAGAGACAGGUCAAGGCUCACAGCAUCAAUAUUCUGCUCUGAUGACAGUGUACGGCAUACGACCCUAAUGUCUGAACCUGGGGGGAAGCAUGGAACCUUAUAUUUUCUAGUGCCAGAAAAGAAGUUUGAGUGUGUUGAAAGCCUGGUAGAUUAUUACGCGAGCAAUCCAGUGAAAAAUCUUGAAAAUGUAAGCAAUGUGUACCUUCGCAAGCCAAUAAAAAGGGAUGACUGGGCUGAAGGAAGUCUUGAUGGUGACUCAUUAAAGCGAAGUGUUUCAAACAGGAGUAUAAACAGUAAUCAAAGCAAUGGAAGUAUUUCACGUAUGGCACAGAGCAUGUCAUUCGAUUCUGGAAGUAGUGCAGGAAUGUCAGUGCCAGCUCUUCCGAUGAGACCAAGGACCCAAAGCAACGGCUCCAAUAGCACGAUUGGGUCCGUGCAAGCAAGCAUGCCCUCAAACAUGUCUUAUUUAAGUAGCAGACCACCAUUGCCGUUACCUCAAGCUAUAAACACUCAAAAAGAUGAUGGCCCGUAUAUGUAUUCGAAAGCUCGUGAUGUGUCUGAGGAUAUUUCAGAAAAGUUAAAGGAUGUGUUGAAAUCAAGUGAACGUUGUGAAUGUGGCAUUCCACGGCAUUUGGCAGAGUUACCAAUGGGUUGGACGGUUCAUUUAAGUAAAGAUGAAAUGUCGAAAGGACGUUUGUUUUACCAGAAUGAUGCUGGUAUUACUUCGUGGACAAUGCCCAAUGAUGUUAAAAUGCAACUUACGAAAAAGCACAUACAAAAUUUAACCCGUAUUGACCCGAACUGGAAAUUACCACACUGAUAUACAUGUACAUUGUGGGGUAAACUUAAUCAUCUUUGACUAGCUAAGAUAGUUUUGUUUCUACUCCAUUCUAGAUUCUCAUCACAGACCCCGAUUGUCAGAAGUUCAAGAACCCAGGGGCUACAUGUGUAUAUUUAUUACCACUCUUAAACUUGGCCCAAAAAAUAUGUUUGGUUAGGGUUACAUCCUUUUCCAAAACAGGUAGGGUAGGUAGGCUUUUUUUUUUUUUUUUUUUAAACUUUAUAUAAGAACGUUAAUGUCAUUAUUGACGAAUGCUGUAAAAGUAACAUUCGGAAUAAAGCUUUUAACUACAUAUUAAACACACACAUUUAUGACUUGUAUUUUUUUUUUUUUUUUUUACCAAUUGACUUUAAAAACAGUAUUGUCAGCGCCUAUUUCGUAGGUAGGGUCGGGUAACCCAAAACAAAUGUUUUUUGUUUUUUAUUGGGCUUUGUUCUUAGUGGUACCUCCGUGAUUCCUUUCAGUAUAUUGGCCAGUUAUAUUUACUGUCCAACUAAACCACUUGGAUUCUUGUGUUAAAUUUAAGGCAGUUAUUGAAUAUGCUUCAAGCCAAUGCUUUUACUUUGACAAAAUAUAAUGUUGGAAAAUAUCUUAAGUUCUGACAAACAGAACCAUUGCUCCAGCCAGGAUUUGAACAUUCAAGGGCAGGGUGCUAGGUAAGAAAGGGCACUUUUGAUGCGCAUUGAAUAAGCCUUUAUCGUUCACUUGCAAGUGCCAAUGUUCAAUUCUUAUUGUGUAUAUGUGGUUAUUACUUUCAAUACUAAAAUUUUGUUAUGAAUACUUAUUUCUGAAUAUUGACUUUAUCAAACAAAAGGGCACAGCAGGGUGUAGUAGAAAGGCAGAAGGGGCAAGCAAUGGGCCCCACCCUGCUAUUUAGGCCUAACUAAGGUGCUGCAGAACUAUUAUAAAAUGAAAAUGAAACCACAAAAAAUCAUACUGCUUGCCAAACUCCUGCUUCCAAUUUAGCCUUUGUUAAUGUGAUGAGAAUCUACUAUAUAUUUCUCUUGAAGUGAUGUUGUGUUUAUUUGUUGUUGUUGUUGUUGUUAAUAUAUAAGUGAAAUUUCUGUCUUUCAUUCAAUAACAGUGCCUUCAUUGUAUUGCUUAAUUAUGUUAAUAACCAAUGUAAAGUUAAAGGAGUUUUAGAUGGGUAGAAAUGUAAGGCAUUGCUGUAGAUGAUAGUAUGCUUGUACAGCUGAUUUAUGCAUGUAUGUUUAUAAUAAAUAUAAGGGUGGCUUAAUAUUAUAUGAGGAAAAGUAAAGAUUAUUUAAUUUUCUAAUUUUUAUAAAAAAAAUGAUGAAAAUUUAACUUUUUAUGCACAGUACUUAAAACUAAUAUUAAUUAAUAAUUGUCACUCACAAUGAUUUUGUUUAGUAUUAAAAUUAUUAAUGUGGUGAUUUUAAUAUGAUGCUUUUUUCUGUCAUGUAAAAUGUAAUAAAAUAACAAUAUUGUUGUGGAAAAUAUAAAACUACUGGUUUUUGUGGUGAUUUUUACAUGUUUCCAUGACAUUGUUACAGUUAAGUACCAGUUUCUUUAAUAUAUGAUAUGAUGCGCUGAUUGUUCAGAACUUAGUUGAAGUAAACAAUGUUGGGUUUUCUCAUUGUUGUUAACUUUCAAAUAUUUACUGCUCUGGCCCGGAUUUCUCGAAACUUCUUAAGUCCCUUAUAACAGGAUUAAGCUAAACUCAUUAUUUUUGCUGUUCUAUAAUAUGCGUUAUAUUAACAGCUUUAAGUGGUUUUAGAAAAUAUAUAAGAAAAAUCUGUAUGCUAAUUAGAAGAAACCAUUUUUUAUCUAUCAAAAAUCAUUAUUAGUAUGUAUUUGGGCUAAUUGAAAUAAACAACUUAAGCCUGUUAAGCUUAAGAAGUUUCAAGAAAUUGGGGCAUGGUAAGUUAAUGGACACAUGUAUGAUCUGCAGUAUUUCUAACAAGCUUUGAGGCAACUGUAGCAGCUUUACUUGUUUAAAGCUGCACUUUUACAGAUUGAACGAUUUGGCAUCUUUUUUAUUUUUUGCCCUGAAACGAGCCAAUUUUUGCGAAAAUCCAUGGAAACCAGUUAUAUAAGACUGCUGACAAAAAAUUGGAUUGAAGAUUUUUAUAUUUAAGUUCAAAAAUUGAUGUUUUAUGCAUUUUUCUUAAACUGUUACGGGUUAAGCCAUAAAACAUUAAUUUUCGUACGGAAAUAUGAAAAUCUAUGAUGUGAUUUUUUGUAAGCAAUCCUAUAUCAUUGGUUUGCAGAUAUUUAUGCAAAAAUUUGCUCUUUCCAAGACAAAAAUAAAAAAAAAGUUGUAAAAAUGGUAUAUCUGUGAGAGUGCAGCUUUAAGUUAAAUGUAUAAGCACAUCAUAAAGAAGUUCACAGUUAAUAGUUAACAACAACGCAGUUAACAAUAUUGUUAACUUUGACAGCAAACUUAUGCAAUGGUGUAAUAUGUAUUUAUCUAUGUUGAGUUUUACUAAAUGUUAUUCUAACUACUUCCUGGUGGUUUUGUUUUUAUUUAGGAUAAUGUAAACAGUGCUUAAGGGUUAAAGUAUGUUAAGAAUAUAUUUUCUGAUUCAUGUUACGCAGUUUCCUUUUAUAUCAAUCAAAAAAUCCUUUCAAAGUUUUUGCAUGUAUAUGAGAAAGCGGCUCAGUGAACAGAACAUUCUUUGAAUGCAGGAAUUACCGCAUUUCUACUUAAACUUGAGUUUAUGAAACAAGGAAGUUAAAAUUUCUAUUUAAAAUUAUCAUUUUAAAAGAUAGCUGAUUUAAUUUCUUGCAUGAUUUUUUUUUUAAAUUACCGAUACAUGAAUGGUUUAUUUAUGUCGUUAAUGAAUGAUUAAGUAUGAUCUAUCAAUGCUACACUAUACCUUCAAAGAGCAUAUUCGGUUUCUUUCUUAUCUUAAAUACUUCCUUUUAUGCAGACACUAUGCAGCAUUUUAUGAUAAUCAAGCACUUUUGAAAAUUGAUUGUUCAUGCAUGAGGUCACCAAUAAUUGAUGGGAUAUUAAGGAAAUCAAUAAUCUCCCUGAGAUUCUAUAAUGGUAUAAAAAAAAAAAUGUACAGUAUAAUAUUAACAGUGAUUUUUAAUCUAAUUGUCUUUGUCUUACUAAGUAUCUGGGAUUAUUAUUAGAGUUUUAGCUGAAGAGUUAUGUAAGGGUGAUGCACCCUGUCCUUUUGGGUAUCGCCCUUCUGCCCUCAUGGAGACAACCUCUUGCCUUCAUAGAAUGAAAUGCUCAAGUUGAUCAAAUAGUUCUUAUGUUUUGAAUGGAACGUUAAGAGUAUGAUUUUAAAUACACACACAAUUUACAAAUUUGGCAGAUGAAACCUUUUAUUACUUCAAUUAAACACAAUUCAUUGCAUUUUCUGUGAAAUUCAUGCUUCACAGUCCAACUCAAGGUGCCCAUUCUCCCUGCAUGGCACUCUGUCCCUUUUCUGCAGCACCCUGUCCUUUUUUAAGCAUGGCUAAAACUCUAGAUUAUCAUUUAACAAUUAUAGGUCAAUUAACACAAACACUUCACACGGCAAUGUAUGCAUUUCAUAGCAGUUAGCAGUCCUUUCAUUAUUUUUAUUAGGAUGCAUUUUUAAUUUUGAUUUCAUUAUUGAUCAUUAAUUCAAAUGGCUUACCUAUUUUAUUAUGAUCAUGAAUUAUGAGUUUGGAACAAUUUUCAAUUCAUAAUUCCUACUGCAAUUAAUCGUUAUCGCUUUUGAUUUUUAACCUUUUAUUCAUUGAACUUCAAACAGAAAGUGUUCAAGACAGCAAAAGCCAAGAGCGAUGUUUUCCUUUAAAAUUAUGCUUUAGAAACUUUAAUUUUUAAUGGGUCUUCAAUGAUAAACAAAUCUAAACUUCAUGUGGCCUCGAACCUGAUGCAAAUCCUUUUCUAUAAUCAUUAUUAUUAAGUUCUAUUUGUGUUAUAUAAAACGAAAUUAAAACUCUCUUCAUUAAAUUGAUGAAUUUUUGGUUUAUCCCAUUCACCUUUUAAAUUUAAAAUAAAAAAAAUGAAAUGAGAUUUGCUCAACUUUAUUAUUAUUAUUAUUAUGCAUAUUGUUAAUAUUACAUGUAUGUAUUCAGAUAAUUUGAAAGAAAUCGCUUUAAGUAAUUAGGUGUAUAAUUUGGUUUGAAAUGAUUAUGGACAUUAUGUUACUGUACAUAUAUUAUUUUUGUAUAUAAUCCAGAUGAACAACUUGUACAUAGAAAUUGUUAUUUUUUUAUACACAUUUUUACUCUUUUACUCACUGUGCUUAAAAUUGAUAUUAAUUUUUUUAAUUGAAAAACCUUACCAUGAAAUCUAUCCGUAUUAAGCAUUAAACAUUUUAAUCAAACAUUUAAAACAACUUACAAACUUCAUGAUUUGUGUACGCAUAUAAUGUAUUUAAAGAGGCAUAUUUCACGCUAACACAUAUAGUACAAGAAUUGUUAUAUCUUGAAUUGCCAGUUACCUUGUAUAUGAAACUACAUGUAUACCAUUAAAGAUAAAAAUUGAGCCAGGUGAAUUAUUAUUCAUGGUGAUAACUCAAGUACAAUCAAAGAGAAUUGUAUAAUGUAUAUGUUCAUGUGUUGUACAUAUAAGGGGUUGUAAAGUUCUGGAUUUAUCCUUGAAUUAGGAUUAAGAGCUUUUAACUUCAGACUUAAUUCAACUGUUUUUACCUCGGACAAUUCAACAGUUGUAAAGACUGUUUUUACCUCGGACAUUUGCAUAAAAAAUAGUAGGAAAUACAAUAAAAUGUGUAUUAAUGACUUUGGAAACGAUUUCAAAAUGGGUCUUACCUACUUAACCCUGCUCUGGGCAUGACUUUCUCAUACUCUAACUUUCAGGAUUUACAAUUAAAACCCUAGGCAUAUAUUUGUGACAAUGUCAGCAAGAAUAAGGUCAGUGAAGGAAAUAGUGACAUUUCCAUUUUUUUGUGAGGUUUUGUACUACAUAAGCAGGCCAUCUAGCUGUUUUUUAAAAAAGGUUUCUUUAUAUAAAAUUAACUUAUUGUUAUGAGUUUGUUUUGUAAUCUUAUCAUUUGGUUGAAAUUUGUUUUUGUUGUUAACAUUAAAAGUCCUCAAGCAUGACCCAGUUUCGCAAAUCGCAAAAACUUCACAAAUAGUCAUCGCAUGACAUUUGCAAUUAUUGUAUCAUUAAUUCAUUUGAUUCAAACAUAUUUUAUUUUCAACAUGUUUAUAUAUAUAUAUAUAUAUAUAUAUAUAUUUAAUUAAUCAUCAGAAAUUAGUUCACAUUAAAUACAAUUAAUACAUUUACAUAUAAUAUAUUGAAUCAGGUCGUUUAAUGUAAUGACAAUGUUGAUAAUGUGGAAUUUUGGUUUUGUAUAUAGCUGAAGAAAAAUAUAAAAAAACAUCUCUCUUAUUGUGUACUUUUAAUACCACUACUGACUUUAUCAUAUUCGAUCGAAAACUUGAUUGUACGAGUUUAUCUCCAAAAUGUUUACAAGCUAACUAAAAUAAGAUAAAAAUCAGUACUUUAACAGAAUGGUCCACAUUAUGUAUUGUUAAAUGGAUUUCUUUUGAGGUUAUGAAUUCGUUUUAUUUAUUGUCAUCAAAGUUUUAAUGCAAAUAAAUUACUCUGAAUUAUACACACCUUCAGAUUAAGGGAACUCUUCUAUGAAUAACAUCACUGUCCUGUUCUCUAUUGGUAGUUUUUUUUGUUGGUUAAAUAACAUUUUUUUUGCAAUCUUUAGCAGUUUGUUUGGGUACUGCUCCCACUCUACAAGCUUUUGAAAUUUAACUCAUGCAGGGCAUAGCAUCAAAAUAUGUUUUAAAAUGCGUUAAAAUCACAAGAGCUGUUUGUGGUAAAUAUUUUUGUACCAUAUUAAUUGUCAGAGACAGGAUUGAAUAAGUAGUGUCACUUAAAUGCUAGUGUUUGUAUAUUGAAAUACAGUUGUUGUUGGCUCGAACUGGAUGUAAAGGACCAAUUUCUAUUUAUUGAAGGUAGACAUUCCUCCUUGGCUCAAAUUUUCCGAGUCUCAAGGUAGUUUCACCGGUCCCUGGAAGUUCCAGCCAUCGGGGUUUGACUGUAUUGUUGUUGAAACUUCUGAGAGCUAUUUAUUGCAUGAUAAGGGCCCUGUUCAGAUAUAUAAUUAUGAGAAUUAAUAAAGAAGAAAAAAAACAAGAAUUUUUUUCGAAAUAUUUUAUAUCAAUAAUUUUUCUUCUGAGAAUAUAAUUGUACAACAAUGUUAUUGUAAGUGUUGAUAUUUGUGCCUGGCCUCCUAAUUGUUUAUAAGAAAAAAAAAGAAGAUGCUAACUUUCCUGGUGUUAAGUAGUAAAUGUCCCUCAAAUGCCUUUAUAUAAGCAUCUGCCAGAUUGUUAAAAACUCAAUAAAUAAAAACAAUUUAUGACAAAAUAGAAAUUUAUCGACUGAUUUCGUUACCAAAUGGAAAUUUGCCAGUAGUUGAAAUUGUUGUAAGGGUUUAUGUUUGUAAGAGCACUUCUAAAUUAUUAAAAGUAUAUCUGUCUGUCGACUGUAUUUGUAUGAACCUGAACGCUUCGGUAAGUUAGAACAUUGAACACAUUCUGAGAUCUUGUUAUGACUUUUGCUGCAUUGUGAUAUAAAAGUAUUGCUCUUAUUUCUAUGCAACUUUUCAUGUAUAUAAUAUACCAUAUCAUACCCCACGUUUGUAUAUAAUUGUUAUUUUAUAUUCAGUUAUGUUUUUAAAUGUAUUUUAUUGAUUGAGUGUAUAUUGGCAGGACACUUACAUGUCUGGGUAUUGUUUUUGUACAAGCCUGUUUGUACCUCUUAAAAUUAUAUAUAUUCUUUAUAAGAACAUUUUGCUAUAAGUUGAUAAAUGUUAUGUUUUUGUCAGUAACAAAAUGAGUAUACAUCAUAUAGAUAUUGGACAAAUGGUGUUAAGUUAAAGGCUCUAUGCAUUGUAAGGUUGUACUAAGAGAUGUAUAAAGAUAAUUAGGAUUCCAUUAUCAAAGAGUGUCUGCAACUCAGCACAUUUAUUUGUUCAAUGCAUACAUAUAAACAAUAUCAAUAUACUAGUAACCAGCUUAGUGCUUGAGUUUAUAUUUUGUUUACUAACCCAGCCUCUAUAAAAAUCUACCGAUACACCUGAUUGAAAUUAUUAACGACUGACUGCUGUUUAUCAAAAUAAUGCAAAGUAUAUUUGAGAAAUACUGCCAUCGGAUUGGACAAUAUAACAUUAUCUGUAGAGUUUAUUAAUCGCCGUGUCAUCAACCAUCUGCCAUUAAAUCAAUUAUCUUAACAGUCUGAUCAUAUAGUUUUUUUUAUUCCUCUGUUUGUUAUGAACACAUUUUUUUUAUAUACAAUGUAAAUAUACAUUUGAAAAUUGGUACUUGGUACCAGUUUAUGAAAUUGUUGCUUGGUAAUAGUUAUUGAAACUGGCGCUAUGUACGGUACCAGUUUAUGAAUCUGUGUUGGGUACCAGUUUAUUGGUGCUAUGUACCAGUUUAUGAAUCGGUGCUGGGUACCAGUUUAUGAAAUUGUUGCUUAGUAAUAGUUACUAAAACUGGUGCUCUGUACCAGUUUAUGAAUCGGUGCUGGGUACCAGUGUAUGAAGUUGUAUAAACAGAGUUAAACUUGUUUGUUCCAUACAAAAUACUCAUUCUAGUGUAUGCUUGUGAUCAUUAUUACUUUAUUUCAGAUAUACAUUUGUAUCUGUAUAUUUGACUCUUUUAAUAAAAAGAUUACUGAC